AUGGAGAAGCGGAGCGCUGUCGAGUACCUCUUCAUCACCCUGAACCAGAACGUGACCAUCAUCGGAAAGCUGCGGUUUGUGCUGCUCCUCCUGCUCCGGGUGCCGGUCCUGCUCUUCGCAGCGUUCCCCCUCUACGUGGACGAUCAAGAGCGCUUCGCGUGCAACACCCUGCAGCCCGGCUGCGCCGCCGUCUGCUACGACACGUUCUCCCCGAUGUCCCCGCUGCGCCUCUGGCUCGUGCACCUGGCCGCGGUCUGCCUUCCUUGCGCCGCGUUCGGGGUCUACGUCGUCCACAAGGCGACGCCGGUCCCGGCCGCCCUAUCCGGUGCGGAACGGAGUCCGCCCUCGGACGGGUCCACCUCGCGGGUUCAACGGGGCGAAGCGGACACCUAUGCGGCGGCGUACUUCCUCCACCUGGUGCCGCGCGUCCUGCUCGAGGCGGGGUUCGGGGCGGGCCAGUACUACCUCUUCGGGAUGGACGUCCCAAGGAGGUUCCUCUGCCACGAGAUCCCCUGCACCACCACGGUGGACUGCUACACGUCCGGACCCACCGAGAAGACGGUAAUGCUGCGCUUGACGCUGGGGCUCAGCGCCUUUUCCGUGCUGUUUGACCUGGCCGACCUGGCCUGUGCGGCUCGGCGCUGGGCCGACCGGGUGAGGGGGAGGAGAAGGACACUGGUGGAGAAGAUCUAUGAGGAAGAGCGGUACGACCUCUCCGCAGGCGGCCAGGGUGCGGACACUGGCGUCCCUGUGGCCCUGGAUCUGGGCGCAACCACCACCGCUGCCGCUCACGGGCGAACAUCCAGUACAGGUGAGACGGGUGAGGCGGACCCCCUGCCCGCUCCCUUCGUCCCUCCACAGGCCCGCGAAGAUGCCCCAGAGCGGGAGGGUAGCGAGGUAGCUCUUUGUCCAGCCAGUCUGCCCGGGUCGCCACGGCAACUUUGGGUCUGUAAGCGCGGCCGCCUCCGGCCGCCACCGCCCCCCCGCCGGGACUCAUCCGCCACGGCCGUCUGCACCACGAGAGCGGGUCAGUACACCCUGGUGGAGAAGACCGCUCCCGAUCUCCAGGCGAACUCCGCUGAUGUGCAGGACAAGCGUUCGGAGUGGGUGUGA